UACAAAAUGUAACACUCACCCCACUCCCACCAACUCAAGAAGAACCAAAGGAGAACCCUAGCUGAUGUAUAGUUCGAUCAGGACCAGGCAUAUAGAAGCGUGUGCCUGGUGUUUAAGAUUAAGAACAAGGCGAAAAGAUAUGCAGGACUGUUGUAUCACGUGUGUCUCCCUACAAAAUGGUUUCUCAAUCAAAGAUAUUGAUAUGUACGGCGACCAAUGGGUCGUCAACACAUUUACGCAACAUUAUGGGCAUAUGAUGAACAUAGAGGUGGUCUGCAACAAUGCUCGGUCAGGUGAGAUGGUGGUAUUUAUGGAUAUUUAGCUCGUAAUGGACCGCCAAGACAACACAGUCAACCCGGAUAUGUUUCCCAUUGAGGGAAUGGAUAGAAAAUGGAUCAAACUGGUGGUGCAGAAGCUUAGUGCUCUGUUAUUAUAUGCAUAGAAGGAAAGGGCGCUGAGGGCCCUUCGUGAAGAAUAGGAAAGUGAGAAGAAAAAAGAAAGGAAGCAGACUUCAGCAGAGGCGGCAACAGACCACUGUUUUCAGAGCAUCGCCAUUCGGAGCAGAAACAAACUUAAUUCGUCUUUAGCGUCACUAUCUAUAAAAGUUGAUAAUGACCGAAUUGCCGAAAGGUUUUUUUCUUCUUGCUGCACAGGAUCGUCCAGGGAUUACGACUACCACGUCUUGUAGAGAUGGAGAAGUGAUGCAGAUCGGCGAACUGGCAGAAAUGCUUAGAGGUAUUUCGUCUGUCUUUACGUUCGAGGUCGACUUUGUCUUUCAUCCUUUCAGGGGUCGAUAAAUUAAGUACCAGUUGCCUACUGGGGUAGGUCUAACCGCCUGACCCCCCGCUCCCCGCAAAAUUUCGGGCCUUGUACCUAGAGCAGAAAAGAAUACAUCUAGUUAUUUUAUAACGUAUUUAAACAAAUACAGAAACAGGAAGAGAAAAUAUAAACAACAAAAAUAUUUUUUUUCAAAAACAAAAUAAUAAUAAGAUAAACAAAAAAAUAAAUAAAUAACGAAAGUUUGUCCUCUCGCCUAUCGACGUGAUUCUAUUUAACUCUUUCCUAUAUAGGAUGUUAACUCCGCUCAGGGAGACUCUGGUUAAUAUUAAUUAAGCCAUACCUACUUUUCAAUGUUACUACAAAAGAUUUACGGAAGGGGUACUGGUCGAGUCGGCUUGUUUAAAUCAAAGAAGUGCUGAAUUUGCGAAAAGCUAUUCAAAACUUGACCUGGUCUCACAACGACAGUUUAUCUGAAACCAGCAAGAAACAGAUCUGCAUGAGUACAUAUAUAUGUGUGUUUUUUGACUGUUCUCACGAAUAAUUUUGUGAAGACUUUCAAAUAUAUUUAUAAAGCUUCUAUGUUGAAUCUAACAAAAGGAGUAUCCGUGCUCUCUUGGAUGUGCAUGUCAGCUGCAAGACCCCACGGCAACAUCAGCUAAACACCAACCAAUGCAACAAAACCAAAUAACACAUUAACAUCGGCAUGGAGUUUCAGUUUUCUGGAAACACAGUGAAUAACACCCCACCUAAAAUUUACCAUGAGACGCAAAGGCUGCAACUGUGCGGCCUUCAUGCACUCAACAACUUGUUCCAAGAUGGUAAUGCCUUCACUAAAAAGGAUUUGGAUAAUAUCUGUACAAGAUUAUGCCCCAAAGAAAUCUUUAAUCCCUACCGCAGUACAUUUGCGGUGGGGAACUAUGAUAUAAAUGUCCUCAUGGUAGCAGUGCAAUCAAAAGGUUAUGAUAUGCUCUGGUUUAACAAAACAAGGAAUUUGAAAUGUUUAGUUUUGGAGAAUAUCGAAGGUUUUAUACUGAACAUUCCGUGUGGCAACAUAAUCAUGAAACUCAUUUCUCAAGGCAAGCACUGGAUUACCAUCAGGAAAAUCAGUAACGUCUACUACAGUUUGGACUCCAAUAAUAAGGCGCCGGUUGAGAUUGGUAGCGAUGACGAGCUUCUCGUCCAUCUCUGUGAACAAUUGAACAACAAUCAUACGGAAUUAUUUCUUAUAGUCACACCUGAUGUUGAUAAAAAUAAAAGUUGGUUUAGACAGUUACCGCCAGAAGAGGAAUGGGGGAAUCCACUGACCAAACCUUUGGAUCCUAAAAAAAAAAAAUCUGAAGCUGCUUGUGAAGCUGAGGAUUCUUCAGACACAACACAAAAUGGUUGCAAUCUGAUUUAAACUAGUUCCAACCAAUCUCUCAAA